GGAUUUUGAUUGAGCGCGGCAGGACAUCGUCGCAGCCAUCUCUAUAUCCCGAUCGCCGGCGUCCGAUCCCUCGAAUCCAGAUUGCCAUCGGCGCGGAUCACAAUUAAUGCAUCAGAUUCAGCAUGUGCCGCAUCGGUCAUGGGGAUCACGUACCGUUGAACGAUGCGUGCGUUUGCUUUACGGCGAUCCUGGCGUACAAGCGACCACCUGACGACGCCUAGUGGGGGGAUCCGGCUCGAUCCCACAUCCCCCGUGUCCCACCGACGAGUCCCUCCGACCCAUACCCAUACCCAUACCCCCGUGUCGACGGACAUGUGCCUGUCCGUCCCGUGUCCGUGUGUUUCAUGGUAUAAAAGCAAUUGCGUGUCGACGAGGACUAGCAGCAUCGUGCAAAAAGUCGGUAUCGUCGGUAUCGCGUACAGCAGCGUGGAGAGAUCGGUGGAAGUGAGCCCCGUCGAUCACCGCGAUUUUCCGUCCGACCGCGCAAGAAGUCGGUGCCUGCCGGAGGAAGCCUCGACAGGGAAAUCUCGAGUGUGGUCGAAAGUAGCGGGUCGUUGCGCGGCAAGGAACUCGAGAAAAAGAACCCGGGCGACGAUGGCCGGUUGCUUGAGCUUCGUUCUCGUCGCGAUCGCGUCGACGAUCGCAAUGGCCGAGUCGAGGGUGAUUCCGGCCGAGCCUAUCUCCGUUAUGCUGGACGCUUAUGGCAAUCCCAUAAUGUUCCUGAGAGAGAAGAGAACGGCCGUGCACCCUUAUCCGCAACGGGCGAUGAUGUUCACCGGAUAUUACAGGCCGGUGCGUCGCUCGAAUAACAAUGGCGGCCAAGCGACUGGCGUCUUCGCUCAGGGGAACGCCGUGAGCGGCGAGGCCUUCUUCAGCGGGAUGCAUACGCCGCACCUCGGGGGUGGCCCGGAGCCGAUCGAAGAAUCGGAAGUGUCCAGUGCCGAGGCUCAAGCGGCGCCCGCGUCCGAUGAGGUUUACAACGACGAGGAACGGCAUCAGGAGCAGCAGCCGCCGCCGCAGGAGCAUCACCCGUAUCAUCAGGAACAUCAUCAUCAUCAUCAUCAACAAGAGGAGCACCAUCGCGAGCACCACCGCCACGACGAAGAGGAACAGCAUCAUCGCGACGAGCAUCAUCACCGGCAUCAGCAGGACUCUCUAAACCCUCAGGAACACCACGAGCCGGAGCAAAUCCCGUCGACGACGGAUAUCGCGCAGCCGGCGGAGGGGCCGAUCGCGGCCAGCACGGAAGUGUCGGUGACGCGGCCGAAGGUGCACAACACCAAGAAAACGCAAAAGACACCCGUGAUCGUGGACAACGAUGACGACGACGAUGACGACGACGAGGCUGACGAGCAAGACGACGGGCCGGCCGCGCCGUUCGUACCUUUUAAGGGCAACCGGCGUCGUCAGGGAUAUCCUAAUCUGAACAACUUCUUCCCCAUGGUCUUCAGCUUCCCGAGAGUGGCUACUCGCGCCGGAUCCGCCGGCUCCCCUCCUGGAGCCAUCACUGCUAUUGCGAAUAGUUACUCCACAGGGAAAGGCGGGGUUGCCAGCUCGGUGGCGACUGCGUAUGGCGGAUCUCCUGCUGGAAAGAAACGACGCUCGCAGCCGUCCGAGGAAUAGCUCCUAGUAGAGCGAUCGAUUUCAUCGGCAAGUUGAAAGAUCAAGUCGUCACCGCCUGAACACCUGAGAAAGGUAAACACACCGAAGCUGCGAUCUCCGCCGGAUUUCUCGCGCGUUAUAUUCACCGAACUUUCUCAUCUCCGAAUCACGAACACUUAACGAAGAAUAACACGCGGACGACCGUCGCCUAAAUAUCUUCGGCGAACGAACCAAGUUAAUUGGAAAGUAAGAAUUGAUCGAUUGUCGUAAAUUGUCGAGGCACUUCGUUAAAGCGAGUGGAAAUUUGCAAUUUCGCAGUUUCUGGUGGAUCACGACGAGCUUCGAAUUACCGCUUCGCUCUGAAUUUACAGACGAAGUCAUAACGGUUCCACACGGUUCUCGUCCUCGCGAUUUUUCGGAGAUUGUUCUCCCGUCCGUCCAUUGUAUGUUUACCGUGUGCAAAUUUAGAUGACACAGAUUUCAUUUGAGAAGAAUCGAACGCACACUCGUAGCAGCCUCUUUAGUUGGGACGUAAUACUACCGUAAUUUAUAGCAGCACGCAAGGAGACAAUAUUAGCGUUAUUUCGCAGUCGUAGCGUGUAUUUCCGUAAACUAGAACUAUACUGUUAAGUAUCCGCGCGACGAUCACAGCUGCGUCGACCACUUGAGAUUUGAAAUUCUCCUCGGAGAGCCGAAUACCUGCUCGGGUGGAAAAUCUAACCGAAAGAGACAUUCCGAAUUCGAACGUGACGUUGCACUUCUUCACGUCCGAUUCUUGCGAGCACUUAUGUUACAAUAAACCGAUUACUUGACGACACCGAAAUCCAAAGCCUUGAAACAGUCUCUAAGACGAAAGUCAGUAUUCCCUCGCGCGUUCGACAGUCCACGUCGGUCCACUUUCCGGUUAAGCACGUAAGUUAAUUCUGACGCAAUAAAAAGUAUUAAAAACGAAAGACUCCGUUCUUAUUCAUC